CAUUGUGCUCUGUGACUUUACCGAAAAAUUGCUUAUCGUUUCUUUUCGUGUCAUAUUUUUCAUGUUUUGUGAUGAAAUAGUUAUUAUUAAGUGUGUUGUGUGUUAAAAGCAACUACCAGGCGAUAAGUCAAUAUUUCUCUUUCAAGGUAAAGUGGAUUUGCACGAGGCGACAUUUUUCGUAGAGUUGAAGAAAUUCUAGAAGUUUUGUUUCACGGCCCGUUUUGGUGAUAUAAAACUUCGAACGGAUACAACAUAACGAUCAAAAUUAUUGAUAUAUUCUCUAGUGUUAAUAAAAGCCAUGGCCAUUCGCUUGUUAUGACAACAAAGCAGUAGCAGCUCAAGCGGCCGCGAAUACAGAUCGCGCUCCGUCCGGCGUCGCGUGUGACAAUGUCGUCGCGCCUCCACAGCUUCUAUACGGUGGAGGUUGGGGACACCAAGUUCACCAUCCUCAAGAGAUACCAGAAUCUAAAGCCAAUAGGCUCAGGAGCACAGGGAAUAGUCUGUGCGGCGUUUGAUACCAUAUCUCAACAGAAUGUUGCGAUCAAGAAGCUGUCAAGGCCGUUCCAGAAUGUGACCCACGCAAAACGAGCCUAUCGCGAAUUCAAGUUGAUGAAACUUGUCAAUCAUAAAAAUAUUAUUGGACUGUUAAAUGCCUUCACGCCACAACGAAGCUUAGAAGACUUUCAGGAUGUUUACUUAGUGAUGGAAUUAAUGGAUGCAAAUCUGUGUCAGGUUAUACAGAUGGACUUGGAUCAUGAGCGAAUGUCAUAUUUACUUUAUCAAAUGCUAUGCGGCAUUAAACAUUUACAUUCAGCUGGCAUUAUCCACAGGGAUCUAAAGCCGUCCAAUAUCGUCGUAAAGUCCGACUGCACACUCAAAAUUCUUGACUUCGGUCUGGCACGUACUGCCGGCACAACGUUCAUGAUGACGCCUUAUGUCGUGACGCGUUAUUAUCGCGCACCAGAAGUCAUCUUAGGAAUGGGAUACAAAGAAAAUGUCGACAUUUGGUCCGUUGGCUGCAUCAUGGGCGAAAUGAUACGCGGAGGUGUGCUGUUUCCCGGAACUGAUCAUAUAGAUCAAUGGAAUAAAAUUAUUGAACAAUUGGGCACCCCUAGUCAGGCCUUCAUGCAGCGCCUGCAGCCGACGGUUCGCAAUUACGUUGAAAACAGGCCGCGUUACCAGGGCUACUCAUUCGACAGAUUGUUCCCGGACGCCUUGUUCCCAUCCGACAGUAAUGAGCAUAAUCGACUGAAAGCUAGUCAGGCACGCGAUCUGCUCAGUCGCAUGCUGGUUGUCGACCCAGAACGACGGAUAUCAGUCGAUGACGCGCUCUUACACCCGUACAUAAAUGUGUGGUAUGAUGAAGGAGAAGUCAACGCUCCUGCUCCUGGUCCGUACGACCACAGCGUGGAUGAGCGCGAACAUACUGUGGAGCAGUGGAAAGAAUUGAUUUACCAGGAAGUAAUGGAUUACGAGGGACGCGGAAGCAAUAAUGAGGUAGCAGCGGAGGCGGCCGCCCAGCGGUAGACGUGCGGUAAUUUCGCUAUAG